UCCCUCUCUUAUUUUCCUUAACAUUACCCUAAUAUUUUCAAAUCUUAUUUUUUUCCUUCUUUUUCACCAUGUGUCACUGUUUACAAAUUAAUGAACAAUUGAAUGAGAUUAAAUUUGCUCUGAGUAUGUAUCCAGAUCAAAUAAUAAUUGAAGACGAAGACCUGAAAUGCUGCAUUGAGCAGGAUGUUAUUGAUGAAAACACUGCGGCUCUGAUUCAUACACAUCCAUCCACUUUUUACUUUCGUAACAAAGAUGCAACAACCACUUAUGAAAUUCACUUCUCAUUGGAUAGAGAUUAUCCACUUGAUGGAAAGAUCACUUGUUUGGUAAGAAUCUAUGAAAUUAAUGAGACGAAAGAUCCUUAUAAUCAACAGGUAGUGUCACAUUCAAAGCAACACAAGGCUCAACAGAAACAGCAAAAACAACAGAAACAACAGAAACACCAACACUUACAAGCUAAUUGUGUUAAAAAAGCUGAAUCCAAGAUUAAUCGUCAACUGUCAGCGCACAUUUCCACUAGCGAAUUUAUUGAUGUACUUGGAAUAAUACUUUGGGUUCAAGAAUGGUUCACAGCUUAUUCAAAAGGAGAGAAAGAAGAUGAAAUAGAGAAAGUGACUGGUGAAGAUGAAAGAGAAGAAGAAGGAGAAAAAGAGAAAACAGAUGAUAGAAAUAAUGUUGAUGAUACAGAUGAUAGUGAUGAUGAAACCAAGGAUAUAUCAAAUGAAGAUGGUGCAAAAUAUUGUUCACAAAGAUACAAUCCAAUAACCGAUAACGGAACCAAACAAGAUGAAAAAUUGUUUAAACAGCAACCAUCAACCUCGCAACAAGAUGGGAACACUCAAUCAGGUAGCUAUUAUUUUCCUUGCGUCAACUUGGCUAAAAGUCACUUUGUUUCCUGUGUUACAAGGCACACUGUCCAUCGAAUCAACAAUAUCAAGAAUGUUUCACUAUAAUACUCUUACAAACUGACGUUUUCUCUCAUUUUCUAUUUUCUCAUUUCUUUUUUUCCUUCUCCCCACUCUCUUUCUAUCUUUCUUUCUCACUUCUACUGUAAGUUAGUAAUGUAAGUUAGCAAGCAAGUCAACAUACAAGCGUGUCAAGGCAUAACUAAAACCACUCAGUUGCUUCUAAUUGUGAGUGAGGACGUGUACAGUUGUUUUUACUGUCUAUCUAUCACCAUCACAAUGUUAUAUGUUACUGUUAUCGUUUACCUAUUACUGUUAUUAAUGUUAACUAAAAAGUAGCAAGUAAUGUUCAUUUUAGACACAAGUUGAAAGUCUACCGAAAGAGAAAAUUGAGACCAAAUAUUUCUUUCUGGCUUUCUUACUCCGAACCAAUUCUAAUUGAGGUUAAAAAGUAGUUCUUCUGGUUCACUACCUGCUUUAAAAAGAUGAUAAUGGUUGGUAGGAGUCGAAAAAAUAGACAGUUUGCUCCAUGAAAAGGUGAAAUAAUAGCAAAAAAUUUAAGCAUGUAAAUUGAAAUAGUCAGAUGAGAUUCACAAUGGACAGCAAAAUUAGCUAAAUCAACAAUUCAAUUGACUGAAUUAAUGACAAAAGACCUACUAAAAUGAUAAG